AUGCAUGCAUUUCGGAGGCUUUAUGUAGCCACACAGGGGAAAGUCUUCAGCAGGAUGUCUACAAGUUGGAAGAGUACCGAGAGUAGACCCACAACUCCAUUGGGUGCAAGAAUUCUGACCAAUCCUGAUGACAUCUAUAAACAUAAUAUGUGGGAUCAUGUGCAGUGGACAGAGGAGGAUAAAGAAAAUGCACAUCUGAAAGCUCUCGAAAACUCUGAAGAGCAAAUUCCAUUAAUAGAACAAGGUAAAUUUGAUACUGAAGCUUGCCAGUACUGGGAUAAGUUUUAUGAGCUACACAAGGAUAAAUUUUUCAAAGAUCGCAAGUGGCUGCUUUCGGAAUUCCCAGAACUACUUCCGUCCAAUUCAAAAAGCCGAGCCGGAAAAAAUGAGAGCGUCUUCGGCGUGGAGAUGGAUACCAGACAUCGGCAACAGAGCAGCAAAACACACUUUGACUGUCACACAAACCAUCAGCAUGUGUGUCAAGAUGCAGUACUGGAAACAAACAAAGCUUUGCCAGUUUCUUACCUUGGACAACGUGCCUCUUUCAGAAUAUUUGAGAUUGGAUGUGGAGUUGGCAACAGUGUAUUCCCCAUUAUUAGUGAUGUCAAGGAAAACGGUGCAUUUUUAUACUGUUGUGACUUCUCACCUUCUGCUAUCAGACUGUUGAAGAGUCAUCCCGACUAUGACAUUUCUGUCUGCCACGCGUUCGUGCAUGACAUUUGUGAAGAAGAUGGCACUCUUCCUUUCCCUCUACAAAGUCUGGAUGUUAUUCUCGCAGUUUUUGUGCUCUCCUCCAUUCAUCCAGACAGGGUGCAAAGUGUUGUUAAAAGACUUUCGUCCUAUCUUAAAUUUGGAGGGAUUUUCCUCUUUCGGGAUUAUGGCAGAUAUGAUUUAUCACAACUAAGGUUUAAGAAAGGUCAGUGUUUGUCAAACAAUUUCUACGCACGAAGGGAUGGAACCUGUGUUUAUUUUUUCACAAAAGAAGAAGUUCAUAAUAUAUUUUCCAAUGCUGGAUUGGAGAAGGUUCAGAAUCUGGAGGAUCGAAGACUUCAAGUUAAUAGAAGAAAGAAAGUGGCAAUGCACCGUGUGUGGAUGCAGAGCAAGUAUAGAAAAUUGUAUCCACGAUCACCCUGUUAA